AUGCAGAAUCAUGAAUAAUCAUCAUAAAUUGACAUAAAUACUUAAAACAAAAAUUUUAGUGUAUAAGAUGAUAAAAGUUUAAAAAUAGAGGAGUUAAGUAACAACUAAGUUUAAUAACCUAUUCCUCAGUUUAUAGAAUCAAAUAUUUAACUAUAGCAAAGCCCAGAUAAUAACUUUGCUAAAGAGUUAUUAAUGCAUAUGGAGAAUAGUGAAAAUUAGAUAGUUUUGAGUUAUAGUCCUUAAAAUUUCAGUUCCUCUAUCAAUAAAGUUGAUAACAAUUACAAAGAUAAUCAAGUAGAAGAAGAUAAAUUAUUUUAAAACACAAACUAGCUAUUAGCUCAUCCUUAGACACCUAAAUAAUAAAAUAUUCAAAAUAUUUAAUUAUAAUCUCGCUCUAAAUCUUUAUUUUUCCAGUAAAGAAAUAAAAUAGAUUCUAAUAUUUUGGAAAAAAAAAAUUCAUUAAUUUCAGAAAGUAGCAAGAAUAGUGUUGGCCAAAAAGAAGAUGAAUCAGCCAAUAAUAAUAACCUUCAAAAUAUUUAAGCAGAUAAUAGUGAUAACUUUUGUAGCGAAGCUGAUAUAAAGACUGAAUAAAGAAGGGAAACUAUACCAGAAUCUUUUAAUUAACUAAAAUAGUACGAUAGUAUUUUUUCUACUUAGAAAUCUAUCAAACAAGACUUAAUGUAGAGAAAAUAUUCUAAUACUAAAGAAAGCAAAAUAUAUGGAUUUUCUUCUUCUGCCAUUAAUAAUUAUGGAGAAACACCUUUAAACAAAGCAAAUUAGUCAUCUUUCAAUAUAAAAAGUGAAAAAUUAAUCCAAGAAAGCUAAAAAAGAUAUGACCAUUAAAAAAAAAGCUUCUAAUUUACAAACUUUAUUAAGCACGAAGAAUCAGAUGGUGAAAACUCUAGUAUUAUUUAAACAAACACAAAUAAACAAAGUAACAAAGUUGUGCCUUUGAAUUUUAGCAUUGUUGAAAGUUAAAAUUUAGGAAGUGAUGUAAACCAGUAUGAAAACAAAAUAUCUUUGACAAGUAAUUUGAUAAAGCCUAAAAAAAUAGGUUGGAACUUAGCUGUCUAGUUAAAAAAUGUGAAUAGAUUUAUUAGCAAAAUUAGGGAUUAGACUUCUGAUUUGAACUAUGUAAAAUUGAAAACUCAUCAUUUAAAUUAUAUAAAUGAUCCCUCUUUCUAGCACGAAGAAGGUUCUGGAUAAUAUUUUCAAAUGAAAUACGACCAUAUUUAGAAAAGAUUUUUAUCAGCAAUUCCUAUUUUUGAGCCUGAUAACUCUUUACUAAUUACAUUUAAGGUUUGUGUCAUAGUUGCCUUGAUUAUUUAAAUUUUUAUUGUUCCUAUUUAAAUUGGCUUUUAAGUUAACUUAUAUGAUGAAAACAGAACUGCAGAAAUAUGUUUAAGAAUAAUUCCAAUAAUACUUUUUUUAAUUGAUUUCUUGUGUAGAAUGAAUACUGGGUUUUAUCAAAAUGGUAAUUUUAUUGAGAAAAGGAGGGAUGUAAUUAUGUAUUUCAAAUUCAUUUUGAUUUUAGAUCUUAUUAACAUCAUAGUUAUAACCUUUAAUAUUGUCUUAUCUGUUCCAUUUUUAUUGAUAAUCUUUAUUUCCAGAGUAUUUCUGGUUAAUUUAAAAAUUUCGGAUAUAUCAGAUCAUUUCUCGCUUAUGGAGAGGUAUCCAUCAGCUUAUAAUAUAACUAAAUUAUCUUUUAUCUUACUGCUAGUUGCCCAUGUAUGUGGUUGCGGAUUUCACUUUAUUAGUACAAUCAAUAUGGGAGAAUAUACAAAAAAUAAUUGGAUAGAAUUUUAUCACUUUAGUAAUUAUGAUAUUAAGAAUAGGUAUAUUCUUUCUAUUUACUAUUCCACCAUUACAAUGAUUACAGUAGGUUACGGAGAUAUUACACCACAAAAUCAAAUAGAAAGAAUUUAUGUUAUUUGUAUUGUAAUUAUAUCUGGUACGGUAUUUGCUUAUGCUGUUAACAUGAUAGGUGCAAUCUUCUAAGAAAAAGAAAAAAAAAUUGCUGAUUACAAAUAAAUGAAAUUUGACAUUUCUAAUUACAUGAUUAACAGAAGCAUCUCCAAAAAGACUUAGCUAAAGGUUUAUAAUUACCUAGAAUAUAUUUUUAAGAAAGAAAGUGAAUCACCAGAAAAAGGAUAAAAAAUUUUAAAUCUCAUUUCUGAAGAUCUUAAAAAUUCUGUUUAUAAGGAAUUCUAUCAAAUGAUUUUGACUAAUUCUAAAUUAUUCAGUCAUAAAUUCUCAAAGGAAUUUAUAUAAAAAGUUUCACUAAGAAUGGAGGAAAAAAUGUAUGCACCUGGAGAACUUAUAUAUUAGCAAGGAGCCUCUGAAAAUCCUAUUUUAUACUAUAUUUUAAAAGGAAAAGUUGAUCUAUAUGCGUAAAAGGGAGAUUCUAAGUACUUUCUAGGCAGCCUAAAAACUGGAGAUAGUAUGGGUCAUCAUAACUUUUAUGCUUGCUUGCCUUUGGAUUACUCAUGUACCACAUCUGAAGUCACUCAUCUAGUUUAUAUAACCCAAGAAAAUUUUAUUUAAUGCUUAAAAGAAUUUCCUUUAGAUCAGGAAGUAUUUACAAUGAAUAAAGAUGAUAUUAUCUUUGGAUAACAGCGAUAUAUGAAUCCAUGCUUUUCUUGUGGCAAAUUUAUACACAGUGUUAUUGAUUGUCCAUUGAUACACUAUCAAAAAAACAAAUAGUUUUUUAUCAGCAGACAUUUACACUCUGUUUAAGAAAAAGAGAGGAAGAGUCAUUAAAGAUAGCAUUUAGUAAAAAGAAACUCACUUAAGAUUAUUAAAAGAGUAAGAAAUGCUUUAAAAGUUACGAGGACAGCUAUGGAAUAUAGCUACUUUUAGAAUACGAAAAUUCAAGGUUCAUAAAUUACUUUAAAUGAUUUAGAGACAGAUAAGCAAUUUUAUUUAAGAAUGACAAAAUUUAAAUUUAAUUAAGACAAUAACUUAGUCAUGGACUCUUAAAUUAGUGAAGGAGAGGAAGAAGAAUUUGAUUUAGAAGAUUAUGAAAUCGAGUAAGAAGAGCAAAAUUCACAAAUUUCAUAAGCUAAAGAAAUCUAAGAACUUAAAGAAGAGGAUGACUAUACAUAAAGAUCAUUAAAUAACAUUACGAUAAAAAAAUUUAAGAAUAAUCAAAGGUUAUAGCGUUUUGGAAGCUGUUCAUCUUUUAAAAUGGGUGAAAAUGAUUAAGAAAAAGCUUAACAAAAUAUGCCGUUAUACAAAAGAACUUUGACAAAUCAAAAUAAACUCAAAUAAAUAAAAAAAUAAGAUUCAAACUAAAGCUGCUCAGUAGAUGGAGAAAAAUUUGAUGAGCUUAAUUGCUCUUUGCUUCUUAAAAAAAUUUCAUCAAACGAAUUAAACCAAUAACCAGAAAAAAUAGAUGUGAUUCAAAAGAAAUAGAGCUCCAAAAAAAUUGAAAGUUUACCAUAAACAACUCAAUUUUAAAAAGAAAUUUUCAUGUAAUAAUAAGAUUUUUAGAAUAGUUAAAAAAACCAAGAUUUAAACAAGUACUAAAACUUUAAGCUUAACCUUUAACCUAUUUAAUUAUUUGGAAAUCAUAUUACAGGAACUAUUAAUAAGUAAAAUUUAGAUGACUCUUUAUCUCCAUUUUAAGUAAUCUUGGAUGAUAGAAAUAAGAUUAAAAUUACACAAGAAAUCAAUAGCAAUCUAGUUGAUCACCUUAAUAAUUCUCAGCCAAAAACAUCUAGAUAAGGAUCGAUUGAUUCAUUAAAAUAGAAGAAGAGUUCCCUCAAUAAGGAACAAUAAAAACCUUAAAAUAUUAUAAAUAUCUAACCAAAUAUGAUUAACGGUUUACCUAAUAAUUUGAACAGUAUGAAUAACUUAAAUUAUGUAUAAAUAGGUACUCCUUUAUUACAAAGCAAUUAAACAUUAACAGGCUUACCAAAUAUUACUAAGAAUAACAAGUAACUGAAUAAUAUUUGUUACUAACUACAAUAAUUCUAACAAAAAAAAGAAAACUUAAAUACUUAAACUCUUAAACCAUAGAUUUUACCUUAGAAUUUUAGUAAUAAUAAUUUAAAAAUUGGUGAAAUACAAAACAUAAAAUUUAACACUGUUUAAUAAGUUUAAAAUGUAAAUAAUUUGUAACAAAAUACUAUGCCAAUUAAUUAGCCAUAUUACUAGGCGUAUUAAGAAAAUGCCUAAAAUCAAAAUGCUUAAAAUUAAGAUAGUCUUUCUCCAAGCUAAAUUAAUAACUUUAAUCUUAAUUUGUUGAAUCCACAAUUGCUUAACCACCAAAAUUUCAAUUAAAUAGCAGCUUUAAAUCAGCAUAAUAAUUACUUUGUGUAACAACUAAUAAAAAGAAUAGAAGAGUUCUCAAUACCUAAUUUUGAAGCUAUGAAGGAAUACACAAUAUAUUUUGUUUAAUACAAUUAUACUUAAGUUUUAAAAAAAAUACAAAAAAAAUAAAUCCCUAUUAAAAAGAAAAAAAAUCAUUUAAAUUAAUCAAAGCUUAAAGGAAAAAAGAAAAAUGGUUCCAAAUCUUUUAACAUAUUGCCUCAUUGA